ACGUGAGCGUAUGUCGAGUGGUAGAACACAACACAAGCACGAAGUUCGUGCACCUAAAAUUUUUCUGUUUACAAUUCACUUUUAGAUCUAGCAGCAGUGUAGUCCGAGUGUGAUGUGUUUGUUUUGUGAAUAAAUGACAAUCGAGGCGUUCUAAACUACUUGAUGAAAUAAAUAAUUAUGAAUUGUAAAGUGUUUACAAGCUAUUAAAGUGUUCGUUUUCACUGCUGGAAUUAAACUUUAGAGAUGUCCGGCCUAAGUGGAACCGAAUCUUCGCCGGAGUUAUCAGACAGUGGAGGCAGAGCCCUGAAAUUGCAAACCGACACACCACACUUGGUCAACAUUGGGGGCGACAGACUCAGCACUUCGGUGACGCUUCACCCCAUUCCUCAAGGUAGUCGGGUGACGUUAGGAUGCGGUCCAGGUGUUGAUAUUCGAGUGCAAGGGACUGGAGUCCUGCCUUUGCAUUGCCAUAUCGAAAAUAGUGAAGGUGUUGUUACCAUUUAUCCGCUAUCGGAUAAUCUCUCUGUUGAUGGAGUGAAAAUAUCCAGACCCACUCGCCUAUCUCAGGGUGUUAUGCUGACCAUCGGCCGAUCAAACUACAUGCGUUUUAACCACCCGGCGGAAGCAAAAAUAAUGAAAUCAGUUCUCCCCAACCCUCGCAUCUCCAUGGCUUCGAUCACUUUCGAACCCGACAAUUCUUUUCAGUCUAAAUACAACAAAAAACCACCAGCAGUGCCUCGAAAAAACUCGAAAGAAUCCCUCAUUGAAUCGGGUGUCGAAGAACCGGUGCCUUCCAGUAUUAUGACCAAAGUGUCAAAAUUCGAGUAUUUAGCCCAACAAAAUUUCAAAAAAAGCAUAUCACCGAAAGUGUUCUCUUCAAAUCUCGUAACUGUAAAUACGCCGGCGAAAGACGUCCUCGGAAAAUCGCCACCUGAUCUGCAAAACUUCAGCAAGAAUUUACCACAAAAUGCCUUAAACUACUCCGAACUGAAUUACAACGAAAAACAACAAAUUAAAACAUCGGAGCGGUUUGGCAAAAAGUCGCCGCAGUACGUUAACGUGACGGUGAGCGAGAAGAAAAACAUUAAUAAUAAAGUGAUCAUUUACGAAAAUGGAUGUAUUCCGAAAAACCCAAACCUCGAAUGCAACGAACUGAAUAAUAAAAGCUCAAGCCACAAAAAUAUUAACAUGAAUCGAGCGCUCACACCAUCGCCCAACUAUAACAGGAAUCCUUCGCCACAUUUGAGGAGCACAACGCCGAAUAAUUGUAAGAACGAAACCGAAAUUACAGAAAACUGCAACGACGCUGAACUGAAAAGGACACAGGCGCAGCAAGAACGAAUCAAGGAGCAAGAAAUCGGGAAAGCGGAACAGGCAAGACUUGAAGAAAUUCUAAAUAUGUGCGUUGAAUACGAAAAGCAGGCACAAUCGGAAAAAAAUAAACUCACGCCGAAUAGAAUAAAAACAAACGGUUCGCUGCCGCGUGAUAAGCGUCAGUAUGGACCCUUAUCUCCUGUGUAUACCACUCCUCCACCUUCGCCGAGAGACGUGGAAAUUGUUCAGCAUGAGAACAGGAGGAAUAAUUCUUCGUAUGAGAAUAUUAGUAUUAAUAGGGAUAAUUCACUGGAACGAAUUAAUGCCAAUUAUGAUAAUGUUGAAAUGAAGCAAGUUGAUGACUUUAGGACUACGAAGUGUAACAGUCCGUAUGAAAAUAUUGUUCCGGCGCAUCAAUCGCCAAGGACGAGGAUUAAGACUAUCGCUUCGUCGAACCGAGACGGCAAAUCUAAGGACACUGCCGAAAUAAUCGAAAACAAAUUCGCCAUUCUCGAAGCCGAGCAAUACCUCCUCCAGAAUCUCACAAUAAACGACGAAAAAUCUCUCGAAACCGACAAAAUUCUCGCUGGCCGAGAAAACACAAAAUUCAUAUUUCCCCUCGAAGAAAAAUCCUUCACCUCACUCCCUGCCAAUUUAAACGCCACGCCAUACAACAAAAAACCAAAACCAAACAACAUAAACGACAAACAAAAAAUCGAAAAAAUCCGAAAAGAACGCAAAGAAAUUCUCUCGCAAAUCUCGUCCAUCAAGCGCCACAUCGCCGAAACGGAAAUCCACGAAGAGGAACUGCAGCGCGACAUUGAGCUCGAAAACGCCCUCAUUUCCGGCGAACACAAAGCAAAAUUGCUCGAACUGGACAAAUUGGAACACCGCAAGAACAAACUCUUCAACUGUGCGCAAAAACUGGAAGAGAGUAUGUCACACCGACAGACGAAACAAGACGAAGAUCAGUUAAAAUGCAAAGAAAAGCUCGAACUAGCGCAGGAAAAUAUGCUUCAAAUCGAAGGCAAGUUGGCCAAGACGCCCAAAACCGACCCCAAGUACGAGAACGUCUUCGAGGAGUAUUUGAAAGCUCAAGAGAUUUUGGACAACGAGAAGAAAGCGUUCGAAGACUUGGAGUUCCACCAUCUGGAGGAGGAAGCCGAUUGGUUGGCCAGUCGGGAAGAGGUCCAACGGGAAAUUCUGGAUUUGUCCAAAAAGAUUGACUCGGUUAAAGACCAAAUCCAGGAAUUGGAACAACAAAAGUACAACAUCUCGAAGAACAACAACACUGAAGUGAAGAUCAUUCGCAUGCGACGUGACGAAUUCAUGCGCAAGUUGGAGAAGUGUUCGUUCGUUUUGCGGCGAAUUGACAACGAUUUGUCCGUUUUCGCCCAUCAGGAGUCCGACCAAGAGGAAUCAACUGACAGCGACAGCGACAAAUCGAAAGACCUGGACAAACAUUUGUCCAAUCUAUCGUUGAAUGUGAUCCAUGACCUGAGCUGUUCGGUCAUCGUGAGCAACACCAAGACCUCAAUUGACCACGUGUACAACAUGUCGCAGUCAUUUAACGAAAAAUUGUUGCAAGAAAAAUCGGUUUUGGAGACCGGGAUUGGCACCAAAUGUCCAAGUCAGGAUGACAUUGACCGGAUCAGUAAAGUAACAUCAAGUGCCCCUAUUAGUAUCAAUGAGGAGCAAGGAUCUCUGGGAAGAAAGACAAUCGAAUCGCUUAAAGAUAUCGAAAGGAAGAGACAUCUUCAUUUGUGCCAACAAGGUUCGCAGGUUAUCGAGCAGGAGAGACAAAGAGUGCUGGCUUUGAAACAGAGGGUGCAGCAUGAAGUGAGGAUCAAGUGGGCGCAGAGCAGGCAGGAUUGUGUGGUUCCUGAGUCAGGAGAGAAGAGAAACAGUGUUGAAAUCGUAGGACGACAACCCGAAAGGCCCGUUUCAAAAUCUCCUACGUCAAACGAACAGAUACGCUCCGGCUCAAGUGAGGCGGAUUCGCCACGUCCAAUGUCUGAAAUUAGUGAAAUAAGCACCGAUUUCGGAGAAAUCUCAAACAAGAAAAGAACAAAACCCCAUGGCGACAAACAACGACCCUUAACCCGAUAUUUGCCCAUCAGAGGCUCAGACCUCGACCUACGCCAACAUAUAGAAUCGGCAGGUCAUCAAGUGGUGUUAUGUCCCCACGUCAUCAUCAAUUCGAGCAGCUGCAGAGGCUUUUUGCACAAAAAAGGGUCAAAAUUGAACGGAUGGUCGAAAAGGUGGUUCGUUUUCGAUCGAAAUAAGCAUACGCUGACUUACUACAACGACAAGAGUGAAAAGAAAGCUCGUGGAGGAGCCUAUUUUCAAGCGAUUGAAGAGGUCUAUUUGGACCACCUCAACAGUGUUAAAUCGCCGAACCCCCAACUGACCUUCAUCGUGAAAACGCACGAAAAGUCCUAUUAUCUACUGGCGCCCUCGCCCGAAGCGAUGAGGAUUUGGGUUGAUGUUAUCUUUACUGGUGCUGAAGGGUACCAAGAAUUUGGACAUGGUACUUGAAACUUGGUACGAUUACGUAUUUGGCACGUAAAAUUAUUGUUAAUUUUGUAAAUUUGUGGCGAAAUUGUCAAUUCUCUACUUAAGUGAUUGGAUUAAUUUAAGUAAGUGCCGAUUAAAUAGUGUUUGUUGCAGAAGUGAAUAAUAUUUUACCAUUUUUACGAAUAGAGUAUUUUUCUAUUUUAAAUGUUGGCAAUAUUGCCGCCUACGAAUAUACCUAAUUUAUUAACGAUGUAGUGCCUUUUGAAGAGACUGUUUUAUACAUUUAUAAAAUUUGCGCAAAUCUGUAUCUCUAGGUAUUAAGGAAAAUUGUGAUGUCCGUAUGUAUUACCAACUAAAAAUAAAACAUGUAGCAAA